GCAAGAUGGCGGCGCGAGGAGUGCUUGGCGCGGUUUGCCGGCGACUCUGGCAGAAUAAACCGAGGCUCAGAGAAGAUAGGAAACUUGCCUCGCGAAAAUGAGGGGCUGAGGUGGCACGAGAUCUUAGACGCUUCCCACGGAGCCAGACUGAGAUGCCUUCCUGAUACCCGGGGGUUCUGAGCUUUACAUGAGAGUCGCUGAAGUCGGAGGAGUGGCUCAGAUAGCCUCUGCGCGGUUCUUUGGAGAAAAGGCAGAAACUCAAGCAGCGGUUCUCAAGCCAUUUGGCCUCGGCACCUCUUGAUGCUGUGAAAGUGCUUGAGGACUCCAAAGAGCUUUUGUUUUUGUGGCUUUUAGCUAUCGAUAUUUAGCUUAUUAGAAAAUAAAACUGAAAAUCUUAAAAAUAGUUAAUCACUUAAAGAUAACACUAAUAAAACUCAUUACAUGUUAACAUAAUUAACGUUUUUAUGGAAAAUAACUAAAUUUUCCAAACAAAUUUAGUGAGAAGAGUGGCAGUAGUUUGUGUUUUUGCAAAUCUCCUUAAUGUCUGGCUUAAUAGAAGACAGCUGGAUUCUCAUACCUGUUUCUGCAGUCUGUUGCUAUAUCACACAUCCUACAGCCUCUGGAAAACCUCACCGGACACUGGAUUCGAGGAAUUUUUCUGUAAACAAUUGUAAGAGCAGUACAGCUAAAAAUGGUGGCUUUCUACUCAGUACCAAUAUGAAGUGGGUACAGUUUUCAAACCUACACAUUGAUGUUCCCAAGGAUGUGAACAAGCCAAUGAUAACCGUUUCUGAUGAACCAGACACAUUAUAUAAGCGCCUGUCAGUUUUAGUAAAAGGCCAUGAUAAGGCUGUAUUGGACAGUUAUGAAUAUUUUGCCGUGCUUGCUGCUAAAGAACUUGGUAUCUCUAUUAAAGUACAUGAACCUCCAAGAAAAAUAGAGCGAUUGACUCUUCUCAAAUCGGUACAUAUUUUCAAGAAGCACAGAGUUCAGUAUGAGAUGAGAACACUUUACAGAUGUUUAGAGUUAGAACGUGUAACUGGAAGUACAGCGGAUGUCUAUUUGGAAUAUAUUCAGCGAAACUUACCUGAAGGAGUUGCCAUGGAAGUUACGAAGACAAGAUUAGAACGGCUACCAGAACACAUCAAGGAGCCAAUCUGGGAAACGAUACCAGAGGAAAAAGAAGAAAGCAAGUCAUAAAGGCUCAGAGAGACCACUUGUGCUGGCAUUUGAAGCGAGGGUGGGCCAGACAUGCCUGUUGAAAUGGACGAUUUUGAGUCCCCCUGACUUCUCUGUGGAGUCCACGUGCCCUGAUAGUUUGAAAUCAGGGAAUGGAGCUUUAAUGAUACACUGGAUAUAGCGGAGGACCACUUCAUCUGUUCUUUCAUACUUGUCAUUGUUUCAGUUCUGAUUUUAACAGAUGUGAGCAAACCAUUUUGACAAUACACCAAAAGAUUUCUAUUUCUUUA